AUGGCUGCGUACGCCCGGAAGCAUCCCCUGGAGAUUCCUCCACCAUCUGAAAAGGACUGGCUAAAGGAUGACGAGGGAGAUUUCUUCCUGCAGGAUCCCGAUCGAAAGCGUGAUGCGUUGCCUCAGCCCUUCAGGAUGAUCAACAAACUGGUGACGCUGGCUUUUGAGAAUGCUAUGGAAAUCAUUGAGAGAAGGGAGAUGCUCCGAGAAGCACGAAAACUAAAGGUGCAGCCCACAAAAUGCUUUCCAACAGCUGAAUUCCAGGUAACUGGAAGAGCCAAUUGCCUUGCAGUGUCUGGAAAAUACGUCUUUGUCGGUCUGUCCGUGGGUCUGGCCACCUUCAAGGUGUCUGACUGUAAGGAGGUCUGUGCUUGGGAAGCGGUCAGGACAGAGAUUUGUGCCAUCCAUGCUUCGGAUUUGGGGAACGAGUGCCAUGUCCUGCUUGCUGUGGAUGAAAUGGGGCUUGUCUGGCUCUUCUGCUUUCACGAGGAAAGCUUCCUACUCGUUAAAAUCCUAAAUGAACUGGAGGACAUCAGCAAGCGAACUACUUGUGUGGAGGUGGUGCUGUCCCGGGGAGGUGAUUACGCGGGAGUCCUGCUGCAAGACAGCACAAAAGCUUGGCUGGAGAUCUACCGAUUGCCUAAGGAUUCCUGGCUGAAGGAGAUGGAAAAGAUCCCGGGAGCUGCAGCAGGGCUGGCUUGCAGGGAGAGGAGGUCAAGCUGGACAUCUGCGGAGUCUCCUGUGUCUGCAAACAAAGCUGAUGCAAAGCUGAGUCUCCCAGUGCUGCUGCUGAAAGUGAAGCCACCCAAACCCAUUACAGGCAGUAGUUUUAAAAGCCCUUUGGAUGCUUUGAAGAAAGUGGAUGAUGGCAGCAUGCUUGGCUUGGGGUACAAUCACCUAAUCAAGGAGUCCCAGUGGGAGCAGCAGGAAGCAAUCUUCCGCAGGACUUAUCGGGAGUAUCUGGAGGCCGAGGGUGAGAGAGAGAGCAAAGAUGAGAUCCCCAGACAUGCUACUUUUCAUUUUCUCCUGCCUAGCCGGAUCCUACAGGUGGGACCUGAAAUGAGAGUACAGCCAGAUGUUCCAGCUGGCAUCAGUGUGCACUGGAAUGGAAGCCACAAUCUCUGCUUUUACUUACUUAACCGUCCACUCAAGGAGAAAGCGGACUCUGAUCCAAAACCUGAUGUUGUGUGGCCAUGUGCAGCUCUAAUUGCACACUCAGCUGUCAGUUCCUGCUCCAGGUACCUGGCACUGGCAUGUGAAGAUGCAUCAAUAGCUGUUUGGGAUAUGCACCUAGGAUACCCACUGUCUGUGACUGCCAUUCUAGAGGAACGUCUCAUCCGCAGUAUCCACUUCUUGUGGAGUUCUGCAGCUGCCAGCAAUGAGACACCUUGUCCUGGUACAGAUCCUCCCUGUUCUGUUGUGCAACUUCUAGUGCUGUGUACAGACAGCUCUUUCUACUUGGUGAAAGCACCCAUGGCCGGGAAGUCCAGCAUCACGCUCCUGGCAGACAGGCCUGAAGAUCCAAAUCUUGCUGUCAGCGCGGUGGUGCCUGUCCUGGCAUUCCCCGGUGCAGCCCUGGUCUUCUCCUGGGAUGGCACAGUGUCCCUGAUGAACACUGCCACAUCGCAGAUUGUUUACUGCUUCAGUACUCCACCUACCCAUGCUGUAGCAUCCCCUUGGCAGCCAGUGUUCAUAGUGGAUAGUGCGAAUUUGUGCUUGCUGCUUCGAGGAGAUAAGCAGCAGCAAGAAGAUGCAUUGGCACAGAGCACAGCCAGUCACAGCACCAUCUUCCUUUUUGACUUCAACUCCUAUCCACUGAAGGAAGCUUUCCCAAAGGAACCAGAUUUGCCUCUCAGAUCCUUGCAGAACCUGCCAUUGGUUGAGAGAUGUAGCAUUUUCUUACGUGAUAGAUUUCACAUAUUACCUGAAAAGCAGCAGAGCCUGCUGGGACUCAGGGAGGAGUUGCCCGAGUACUGGAGUCGGCUGCAGGCACAAGCAGCUGCCAUGGACAAGGAGAGACAGAAAGUGAAGGGACAGAAGAAGUCAGCCUUGCAUCCUGAAGGCCAGGCUCUGCUCUAUCACAAUCCUGCAGACCUGUGA